AUGAUCAUAUCAUUUCGUUAUCUAAAUUUUCUAAUGAAAGAAUAUGAUGCAUAUAAUCAAACAUGGAAAUGGUUGAUUACAUUUGCAUUAUUUUGGCGUUUUGUUAUUAUUAAUUUUGUUGCAUAUAUUGCCAUUUUUUAUGAAGUACCACCAACAUUUGAACUUGCAUAUCAAUCAAUUUUUCUUGGGGAAAAUCUUUCAUUAUUUGCAAUUCUUUUCCAAGUGGGUAUCAUUCAUGUUGGUAUGCAUAAAUCCGGUAAUCGUUUAAGACAAAUUAAUUAUUCUUCUCGAAGAUUUCAAUCAUUAUCAUUUAAAUUGAAAUCAUGUAGAUAUGUUGAAUUUUUGGUCGAUCCAUUUCGAUUUGGUCAAUUUACAAUUACCGGACAAUUAAUUCAAUUGAAACAUAUAUUCAUCCUUGUACGUGAAUUUACUGUCUACUUUUUCCUUUUGGCUGGAUUUUCAUUACGUAUGGGACUUUUCACAAUUAAUCAUCAACAAUAG